AUGAUCAACGGCCUGGUCCUGCAGCUGGCACAGCCGCUGAAUUUCCUCGGGACCGUGUAUCGUGAAACGCGCCAGUCGCUGACCGACAUGGAGGCCAUGUUCGGCUUGCAGAAUGAGCCGAUCAAGGUGAAGGACGCGCCGGACGCGCGGCCACUGGUGCUCGGGUCGCCGGUCGUUGCCUCGACUCCUGGGCUGGCUUCUGCAGCGGCGGCAGCGGCGUCCACGGCCUCGGGCGAGGGCGGGUCCAUCGAGUUCCGUGAUGUCACCUUCGGCUAUGGCCGGGCUGAUGGCCGGCGCAUCUUCGAGGGGCUUUCCUUCAAGGUGAAGGCUGGCGAGCGUGUGGCCAUUGUUGGAGCCUCCGGCUCCGGCAAGUCCACCAUCCUGCGGCUCCUCUUCCGAUUCUAUGAUCCCACUUCCGGGGAAAUUGCCAUCGAUGGGCAGCCGCUGAAGUCGGUGACGCUGAACUCCCUGCGCCAGGCCAUCGGCGUCAUUCCGCAGGAUGUGGUUCUGUUCAAUGACACCCUGCGCUACAACAUUGCCUAUGGCCGGCUGGACCCGCCGCCGACCGAUGAGGAGAUCGAUGCGGCAGUUCAGGCAGCUGCUCUGGGCCCGGUGGUGGCGGCCCUGCCCAAGGGCUUGGAUACCAUGGUCGGCGAGCGCGGGCUCAAGCUCUCCGGCGGGGAGAAGCAGCGCGUGGCCAUCGCCCGGGCCUUGCUCAAGCGCCCGCGCAUCCUGCUGCUGGAUGAGGCCACCUCGGCCCUGGACACGGUCACCGAGCGGGAUGUGGUCACGGCGCUGGCCAACUUCGAUCGGCAGCCCGUGCCCGGGGCAGCGGCGGCUGGCCUGGCAUCCACCGCCAGCCGGGUGACGACGCUGGUCGUGGCCCACCGCCUGGCCACGGUGCGCGAUGCCGAUCGCAUUAUUGUCCUGGGCCGAGAUCCGGAGGAUCCGCCCGAGACCGGGGCCCGGCUCCUGGAGCAGGGCACCCACCGGGAGCUGGUGAGUCUCGGGCCGGAUGUCAGCCACUAUGCGCGGCUCUGGGCCGCGCAGCAGAGCGAGGCGCAGGAGCUGCUGCAGGACGGCGAUGACCUGCUACUGCCGGAGGACGCCGGGACGGAGCGCCUCUCCACAUAG